GCCCACCAGAAAGGGGAACUCGUCCUCAUCUCUCUCUUUGGUCAGAUUUUCAGCCACUUGGUGAUUGUACCUCCUUCAAAAAGUUGGCAAGAAAAGGAAGUAGCAUCAGGAUUUGUUUCAGAAGUCUCCAAGUCUGCAGCCAAGGGGACUCAGUGAUUAACUGUUCCCUUGGUCUGCUGGUUCAGGCUCACUGCUUAAUCAAAUAAGAAAACUCAUCUGAGAGAGCAUCUGCAAGGAGAGGGUUGCAUUACGAUGAACUGGUGGCUAGAGAAUUUCUGGAUCCUCUUGGCUGGAACAAUAAUCCUUGUUUCAGUAACACUUGCCCUAGUAAUGUACUGUAUCUGUAGGAGACUGCUUAGACAAGGCAAGAAAUGGAAAAUUUCCAAGUCUGUCAAACGUACUCAAAAAGAUGAAGAAACGAUAUAUGAGAAUGUCACCAACGAACCACCCGUGUGUUCACCCCCUCUGCCUCCCCGAAAUCAAGCAGAUAAUACAGCUAGUCGCUCUCCCCAGGAAAAUGAAAGCCAACAACCUUAUUCAACUAUAAUGAAAAAGACAGUUUCUGUUCCUAGUUACAUUGAGGCUAUCUCAGACUAUGAUGAUGUUGACAUCUCCUCCAUGCAUAAGAAUUAAUCAUCUUGAAAUAGUCAUUUCUCCAUUUCUGCAAGCAUGAAAAGACUGGGCUUAGUUUAUUCUUAAAUAACCAUGAAGGCUGACCAAUAGAUGUGCUUUUAUUAAACGUUGUAAGAUAAACACUUUCUAAGCUUAGAGACAUCCAAGAUAGCCAAUAGGAAGAGGAAGGAAUGGAUGCUGGAAGGAAUCAUGUAGCCUUCUUCUCUGGGGGGAACACAGUUGAGGAUGGUGGAAUGGACGGGCCCUGGAUACAGGUGGCCUGGCUCAGUUGCAGCCUCUGAUGCUUAUGACCUGUGUGACUGUGAGUAAGUCUUUUCCCUUCUCUGGGCUGCAGCUUCCUCAUCUGAAAAGUGAGAAGGUUGGACUCGGUGGUCUCUGAGUUUCUUUCUUGUUCUGGAUCCAUGAUACUAUGAUUGACAGAGUGCCAGGUCUGGAGUUAGGAAGACUCACCUUCCUGAGUUCAAAUCUGGCUUCAGACACUUAGCUGGGUGACC